AUUCCUGCAUUACAAAUUACCACAUACUUUGCAUCUUAAAACAACACAGAUUAUCUCACAGGUUUUGUAGGUCAGAAGUCCAGGUGGGCUCCCCUAGGUCCUCAGUUUAGGAUCUUAUAAAGCCAAAAUAUGUUGACUGAGCUGCAUUCCAUUUUAGUGUCUAGGGAAAAUCUGCUCCUGGAUUGGCCGAACACAGUUGUAGGACUGGGGAGGUCUCUCUUUCCUUGCGGACUGACAACCAUGGCUGGUAUUUGCUCUCAGAAGCUGGAAGGCUUUCAUUUCUGCUCCCUCCAGUAAAGGCAGGUCAGGUCUCUCUCAUGCUUCUAAUUUCUGUGAUUUAUGCUGCUGCUGAAUCUCUCAGACUCCAGAGAGAAAAGUUUUCUGUUGUUAAGGGCUCCUGUGAUUAGAUUGGGACAUCUGGAUAACUCAGGAUAAUCUUCCUGUUAUAGGAUCUGUAACCUUUUUAUAUCUUCAGAGUCCAUUUUGCUAUGUAAUAUAACCUAUUCAUAGUUUCUAGGGAUUUGGGUGUGUACAUCUUUGGGGGACCAUUCUACCUACUACACUCCUAUGCUUCUGAAAAGAAAUUUGGUAAAUUGUGAACCCUUGCACCUUUUUUUCUUGUUUCUAAGCUGAAUCCUAUAAUUUUUCAUUGUAAGUUUAAAUAGUUGGGAAAAAAAUUUCUGGCUCUUACAAGUAAUUUCAAUAGUCAUUUGAGGUUAUCAUUGGUUUUUAAAAAACUAUAAUUCACUUUUAUUAGAAGUUUUCAUUAUUCCUCUUUCUUAUGGAACUUUUAUUUAACUUCCACUUCUCCAACAUGAUUUUAUUUGAAUUCAGUGAAUUUUAAUGUUUUAAAGUAUUGAUCACCUUAUCCUACUUCUCUGCAAUAAAUAUAAAUUGAACUUUUCUAAGUUUCUUAUUGAUUUCCUCUUUUCACGGAGCUCUCUCAGGACAGUUCAUUUUUUAACAAUAUUUUGUGAAUGGAAGAAUCAGUCUAAAUAUGAAGUUUUCAUUGUUCCUGUCGUCACACUAAACAAUAUAUAUGAAUUCAGAACAUUUCCUAAACACAGGGCAGAACACCAUUCUUAAAAGCAAUGCUUUGCUUUAACAGAAGUACUUAGAAGACAGACGAAGAUGCAAGCCUGAGGUUUAAUGGUGCCUGGAUUAAGGGAGGCUUUAAGCCACUCUUAUUUUAAAUAAUCCCCUUGUUUUAUUCCUUGGAGGUUUUUACAGCCUGGGGCAAUGCGUGGUAAUAAGAUUUGGUAUGGGUUUCUUUGGAACUGUGGAAGAAUAAGGAUUUAGGGAAACUAGGCAGAUCAUUCUGGUAAAGCAAAUGUAGAGAAGUAAAAGAUAUGGAAAUUUUCUUAAAACUUAUCCUGUUCAGAUGUCACUUGGAAAGCAUUAGUGUACCUUCAGUAAUACGUACGCCUGUUUGAACACUGGCUAGCUCCUAGUCUGCCACCAGGCCAGAAGCCUACUACUCAGGAUUCUCUCUGCUAUCCAGUUGCCCUUAAAUAUGUUAGACUCUUCUGAGUCCAUGUCAAGAGAGAAUUAUUCCUUUCUCACACGAAUAUCUACUUUUUGAGCCCUGUUGUUUGACAGUAUCUGCCUUCCAGAAUACUUAACCACUAGCAGUAUUUGCCUCCUUCAGCAGAGACCAUACCCCCUACCCACAGGUUAAUUAUAUCCAAAUGCAGGCAUCCCUUAGAGAUAAUGGCGGGUUUGGUUCCAGACUACCACAAUAAAGCAGGUCAAGUGAAAUUUUUUGGUUUCCUGGUGCAUAUAAAAUUUAUGUUUUUUCACUGUGCUGUAGUCUGUUAAGCGUGUGCUAGCAUUACGUCUAAAAAAAAAUAAACUAUAUAUGCCUUGGGACCCCUGGGUGGCUCAGUUAAGUGUCUGACACUUGAUUUCAGCUCAGGUCAUAAUCUCAUGGUCAUGAAAUAGAGCCUCGCAUUGGGCUCUGAGCUAGGUGCGGAGCCCGCUUAAAUUUCUCCCUCAGGCCACCUGGGAGGCUCAGUCGGUUAACCAACUUUGGCUCAGGUCAUGAUUUCACCGUUCCUGAGUUCACGCCCCGCGUUGUGCUCUGUGCUGACAGCUCGGAGCCUGGAACUAGCUUAGGAUUCUGUGUCUGUCUGUCUGUCUGUCUGUCUCUCUCAAUAAAUAAAACAUUAAAAAAUUCUCACUUUCUCUCUGCCGCUUUCCUGCUCGUUUGCGUGUGCACGUUAUUUUUCUCAAAAAAUGAAAAGACUAUCGUUAAAAAAAUAAUGCUAACCAUCAUCUGAGCUUUCAGCAAGUUGUAAUCUUUUUGCUGAUAAAGGAUUUUGUCCAUGAUGGCUGUUCACUGGCCAGAGUGGUGGUUGCUGAAGGUGGGGUAGCUCUGACAAUAUCUUUAAAUAAGACAAUGAAAUGUACCCACAGUAGAACUUAAAAUUGGAGUCAGUCCUCUCAAGCCAUACCACUGCUUCAUCAAUUAAGGAAUUCAGUAUUCUGAAUUCCUUGCUGCCAUUUCAAAAUCUUCAUAGCAUCUUUACCAGGAGUAGAUUCCAACACAAGAAAUCAUUUUCUUUGUUCAUGCAUAAGAAACACCUCAUUUGUUCAGGUUUUAUCAUGAGAUUGCAGCAAUUCAGUCCCAUCUUCCGGCCCCACUUCUAGUUCCCUUGCUCUUUCUACCACAUCUGUAGUUACUUUCUCCACUGAAGUCUUGAACCCCUCAAACUCAUCCAUGAAUAUUUGAAUAAACUUCUUCCAAACUCCUGUUAAUAUUGGAAUUUUGAUCUCUUCCCAUGAAUCUCAAAUUCUCUUAAUGGCACCUAGAAUGGUGAAUCUCUACUAGAAGGUUUUCAGUUUACUUUGCCCAGAUCCAUCAGAGGAAUCACUAUUUAUAGCAGCUGCAGUUUUACAAAAGGUAUUUCUUAAAUAAUGAGAUUUGAAAGUCAGAAUUACUCCUUGGGCCAUGGGCUGCAGAAUACAUGUGUUUAUUAGCAGGCAUGAAAACAUUAAUCACUUCUCCAUGAGAGCUUUUGGGUGUCAGGUGCAUUUCAGUGAGCACUAAGAUUUUGAAAGGAAUCUUUAUUUCUGAGUAGCAGGUCUCAACUGUGGGCUUAAAAUAUUCUGUUAAAGCAUGUUGUAAACAGAUUUGCUGUCACCCAGACUUUGUUGUUCUAUUUGUAGAGCAAAGGCAGAGUAGAUUUAGCAUAAUUCUUAAGGGCCCUAAGAUUUUUUUGAAUGAUCAAUGAGCAUGGGCUUCAACUUGAAGUCACCAGCUGUGUUAGCCCCUAACAAGAGAGUCACCUUGUUCUUUGAAGCUUGAAAUCAGGUGUGAAUGCCUCUCUAGCUGUAAAAGUCCAAGAUGGCAUCUUCUUCUAAUCUAAGGCUAUUUAAUCUACAUUGAAAAUCUGUUAUUUAGUGUAGCCACCUUCAUUAAUGAUCUUAGCUGGGUCUUCUGGAUAACUUGCUGCAGUUCCUAUAUUUAUUUAAUUUUUUUUUAAUGUUUUAUUUUAUAUUUGAGAGACAGAGAGAGAACAUGAGCAGGGAGGGGCAUAAAGAGGGAGACACAGAAUCUGAAGCAGGCUCCAGGCUCUGGGCUGUCAGCACAGAGCCCAAUGCGGGGCUCGAACUCACUAGCAGUGAGAUCAUGACCUGAGCUGAAGUCGGAGGCUUAACCUACUGAACUACCCAGGUGCCCCUGCAGUUCCUAUAUUAGUGCUUGCUGCCUCACCUUGCACUUUAAAUUUUUAUUAUUUUUAAGUAAUCUCUGUGCCCAGUGUGGGGCUCGAACUCACAACCCCAAGGUCAAGAGUUGUAUGUUCUACCAACUGAGCUAGCUAGGCUCCCCUUCACCUUGUACUAUUAUGUUAUAAAGGUAGCUUCUUCCCUUAAACUUCAUGAACCAACUCUGCUAGCUUCCAGUUUUUCUUCUGCAGUUUUGGCACCUCUCUCUGGACUAGGUUUUAGUUUAUGGGAGUGUUGUGGCUGGUUUGAUCUUCUAUUCAGACCACUAAAACUUUCUCCAUAUCAGUUGUAAAGCUGUUUUACUUACCAUUUGUAUGUUCACUAGAAUAGCACUUUUGAUUUCCGUCAAGUUUACCUUUGUAUUCACAGCUUGGUUAUCUGCCUGAUGCAAGAGGCCUUUGCUUUUGGCCUGUCUUGGCUUUUGACAUGCCUUCCUCACCAAGCUUAAUCGUGUCUAGCUUUUGGUUCAGUGUGAGAGAUGUGCCCCUCGUCCUUUCCCUUGAAUACUUAGAGGCCAUUGUAGGGUUAGUAAUUGGCCUAAUUUCAAUAUUGUUGUGUUUCAGGGAACAGGGAGGCCUAAGGAGAAGGGAGAGAGAUGGGGGAGGGGCUGGUAGGUGGAACAAUUAGAACACACACAACAUUUAUCAAUGAAGUUUGCUGUCUCAUAUGGGUGCAGUCCAUGGCUCCCUAAAACAAUCGCAAUAGUAACAUCAAAGAUCGCUGAUCACAACUCCCCAAAACAGAUAUAAUAAGAAUGAAGAAGCUUGAAAUACUGCAAGAAUGACCAAAAUGUGACACAGAAACAUGAAGUGAGCAAAUACUGUUGGAAAAAUGGCACCAAUAGAAUUGUUCAAUGCAGUGAAGGCUGCCACAAACUUUCAAUUUGUAAAAAAACAUCCGCAAAGCACAAUAAAGUGAAACUCAAUAAAACAAGGUAUGCCUGUAUAAGAAAUAUAUAGACAGUAGCUAGGAUAGGGAGCAGUGGUAAAAGAGAGGUUCCUUACAUCUAUGUGUUUCAAGCUACCAAAAAAGCCCCCCCAAACAUUACGUUUAAUGUCUUCCAAAGUCUGGAUGGUAAUCUUAACAUUGCAUGCAUAAAUCAUAAGCUGUAUAAGCCAGGUACAGCUUGUUAGCUUAAUCUUGUUGCCUUUUACUUGAAGACCAGAAGUCCAUCUUGCUGUUUUCUAGGGUGUUAGUUCCUGGUCUUUUGUGAGCAACUGCUAAAAUAAGAAUACAAACACUCCAUAGGAAAAUCUGAGGCCCUGCUUUUAAAAAUAAACAUUUCCCUGAAAGAAACAAUUUGCAGAAAUUUCUCUCUACCUAGAAAAUGUGAACCUUUACACAAAGGCAUUUGUCCUUUGAAUUGCUGCUCCAUUUAUGGUCCCUAUUUUACAUUUGUAUAGCUAAAUAGCCUGUUCAGGUCCCUUUACCUUUAAGAGACAUUCUGUCUAAGACAGAAUUUUGUUGCCAGCUUUGAAAUGAGAGUCUUUCUGGCUUCUGAUAUUCUCAUUUCAAAGUUUUGAACAUGAAGACUGUUUCAGCCAACCUUACUCGUGGUAAAGUGCAACCCUUCUUAUCAUCACUCUGUGCAAUAGGGACAUCUCCCAAGUUCAUACACAGGCUAAUAAUGAGAGUUUGGUUCUCAAAUAAUGGUAGAGGAAAGUCUACUUUCCCUUUUAACAUUUUGUUCCAAGGAUAUACUGCCUUUUCCUAAUGCCAGGAUCUUACGCGGCCAGACUCCGCUUGAGCACUCCAUUACUUACAUAAUGGCCCUGUGUUCCCAUUUCUGAGUUUUGUGGACUGCUUAUGUGAGUUUAUCCUCCCAAACCACAACUGUUUAGGUUGUUUCUUUGCUCUUAUAUUGUUAUUCUGUUAUUCAGAUUUUUCCCUUGUUUGUCACCUACAGAUUGGCCUUGCAUAUUUAGAGACGUUCUCACGAACACUGGUCUUGCUCCUUGUCCACUGGCAGGACUUUCUGCUUUCGAAAGCUCCCUUCAGUGGACUACUAAGGCAUCUCCACAAGGGAUACAUAGAUGGAAACUUGAGAAGUACUGCUUACUUAAUUAGAGCUGAAGGAUUCCUGGCAGCAGAGCAAAUAAAGCCCAUGGCCCACCAGCUAGAAAGUAUCCUUGCCAUGAAAAAGAGGACGUGAUAAGUUGUUCAACUUAUGAAAUUCAAGUUACAUGUGAAUUCUGCCAGGCAAUACAAGGACCUGUGGAAUAUGAGUGAUGACAAACCCUUUCUAUGCACUGCCCCUGGAUGUGGCCAGCGUUUUACCAACGAGGAUCAUUUGGCUGUCCAUAAACAUAAACAUGAGAUGACACUGAAAUUUGGUCCAGCACGUAAUGACAGUGUCAUUGUGGCUGAUCAGACCCCAACACCAACAAGAUUCUUGAAAAACUGUGAAGAAGUGGGUUUGUUUAAUGAAUUGGCAAGUCCAUUUGAGAAUGAAUUCAAGAAAGCCUCAGAAGACGACAUUAAAAAAAUGCCUCUAGAUUUAUCCCCUCUUGCAACACCCAUUAUAAGAAGCAAAAUUGAGGAGCCCUCUGUUGUAGAAACAACUCACCAAGAUAGUCCUUUACCUCACCCAGAAUCUACUACCAGUGAUGAAAAGGAGGUACCAUUGGCACAAACUGCACAGCCCACAUCAGCUAUCGUUCGUCCAGCAUCAUUACAGGUUCCCAAUGUGCUGCUUACAAGUUCUGACUCCAGUGUAAUUAUUCAGCAAGCAGUACCUUCACCAACCUCAAGUACUGUGAUCACCCAGGCACCAUCCUCCAACAGGCCAAUCGUUCCUGUACCGGGCCCAUUUCCUCUUCUGUUGCAUCUUCCUAAUGGACAGACCAUGCCUGUUGCUAUUCCCGCAUCAAUUACAAGUUCUAAUGUGCAUGUUCCAGCUGCAGUCCCGCUUGUUCGGCCAGUCACCAUGGUGCCUAGUGUUCCAGGAAUUCCAGGUCCUUCCUCCCCUCAACCAGUACAGUCAGAAGCAAAAAUGAGAUUAAAAGCUGCUUUGACCCAGCAACAUCCUCCAGUUACCAAUGGUGAUACUGUCAAAGGUCAUGGUAGUGGAUUGGUUAGAACUCAGUCAGAGGAAUCUCGACCACAGUCCCUACAACAGCCAGCCACAUCCACUACAGAAACUCCGGCUUCUCCAGCUCACACAACUCCACAGACCCAAAAUACAAGCGGUCGUCGAAGAAGAGCAGCUAAUGAAGAUCCUGAUGAAAAAAGGAGGAAAUUUCUAGAGCGAAAUAGAGCAGCAGCAUCAAGAUGCCGACAAAAAAGGAAAGUCUGGGUUCAGUCUUUAGAGAAGAAAGCAGAAGACUUGAGUUCAUUAAACGGUCAACUGCAGAGUGAAGUCACCCUGCUGAGAAAUGAAGUGGCACAGCUGAAACAGCUUCUUCUGGCUCAUAAAGAUUGCCCUGUAACCGCCAUGCAGAAGAAAUCUGGCUAUCAUACUGCUGAUAAAGACGAUAGUUCAGAAGACCUGUCAGUGCCGAGCAGCCCGCACCCUGAAGCUAUUCAGCAUAGUUCUGUCAGCACAUCCAAUGGAGUCAGUUCAACCUCCAAGGCCGAAGCUGUGGCCACCUCAGUACUCACACAGAUGGCGGACCAGAGUACAGAGCCCGCGCUGUCGCAGAUUGUUAUGGCUCCUGCCUCCCAGUCACAGCCCUCAGGAAGUUGAUUAAAAACCUGCGGUGCGGCAGUUUUAGAUACUCAUUAGUGACUUCAAAGGGAAAUCAAGGAAAGACCGGUUUCCGUUGAUGCGAAAUCUGUGGUUGUAAAUUUUUUUUUUUACUUGAAAUUAAAUUUGGCUCUAAAGUUGGUGUAGCGGCAGUUGAUGAUCAGCCUGAACAACAGUUUUUAGUCUCUGGAAAAAGACUGAUUUUGCUUUUUUUAUAAAUAUUGUUAGAUUUAUUAAUUUUCUGUGCUCAAUGUGUAAAUUGUAUUAUAAUUCAUUGUGGUUUAUUUCACUUUUAAUUUGGUGGUGUUUUAAUAAAUGGGGGUGUUACUGAGUCUCUUCCCACUUCCAUUUCUUUUGACCACCUCUUACCCUCAACUGUGAUGGUAGUAUUGUCAUAUCAUUUAUACCAAAGUUCUGCAUCGUCCCUGUUGACUUUGUAAUGUUAACAAGGUCAUAAAGCACUAGCAAGAGAAAGAUAGAAAUUUGCUUUUAAUCUUUUUGCCUUUUAUUUUGCACAUUAUGCAAAAGGAAGAACAUUAGAGAACACUUUUUAAGUGAGUGAAACGUGGUAAAAGACAUACAGUGCUUUUAUGCACCCUCAAACUAAAUCAAGGUCAUUCGUCGUGCGUUUUCUUUAAGAUUUUAGGUAGACGGGAAUUUUGGAAUCCUCUAACAUUUCAAAAGGACUAUUUUUCAAGUCUUAAAUUCAGUAUUUUAAAUCCUAUGUUUUGAGGCUAAUAAAACAUGAAAUUAUAUCAUCUAUGAUACAGGGUUAUCAGAUAGCUAAUAAUUUUUUGAAAUUAGGUUUUGGGUUUUUUUGCAGAUUUCAGGUUACAAACUGAGAAGUUUAUGCAUACUCAAGUAUGGUGUGGUUGCCAGAAAAAGCCUAAAAAUUACUUAGAAAAUUUAAGGCUGUUUGCCCCCAUUGUCUUGUACUUGCAAGCUAACUUGUACUUAUUCUUGUGAAAGCACUGUCAUCUUUUAGUAGCAAAUUUUGAUAACGUUUCUCGUGGGAAAAAAAAAAUCAGUAUCUAUCUUUAGAACAUUGUAAUUAUAAUGUGGGAAGCAAGAGUGCGUGUGAGAGAGAGAGAGCGAGAGAGAGUGUGUGUGUGUGUGUGUAUGUGUGUUAUGUGUGUAUGUUUCUUUCAAUAGUUUAUGCCAGCAGUCUUUGCUUGAAUGUUUAACGAUGCCUUCGGUGUGAUGCUGGCCGAUAGAUGAUUGCAAUUUAAAAUGUCAUUACUGUGCAGGCUUGGAUAACUAACAUUCCAUGAUGUAGUUUGUUUCUGAGGAGAUGAUUGUAGGUACACUUUUCUCAUUAUCCAAUCAUCCGUGGGAUACUGAGUUUUCUAAUGUGCCAUUAUCUAUUUUUAUUCUCCAGUUAUGUUCAAGAUACAGUACAAUAUUUUAAAAUAGACUAAAUUGUGAAAAAUAAAGUAGUAGACGUGUGUAAGAAAACUUUGUAAAAUAGUUACGAGUCCUACCCAGUAGCAACUUCUGGCAUUCGAGCAGGAUUCCAUUAUGUAAAUAUCUGUAACGCAUUUAUAAUAAGCUGUGUAGUCUGUUCUGCAUCUAUACUACACUAUUUACGAAUGUCUCGGUGCCAUCUCCUAACGAGACUGACCUUUUAAAAACCUAUAUCGAAUAUCCUUGGUAAUUCAAGGAACUAUCCCACCUGCCUAAGUUCCAAACUGGGAAACAUUCAAAUUAUACAAAUGACAUUUCAGGACUUUUAAGUAUGAAGAUAAUAGGAUUUUUAUUGUUUGGCUUAUCAAGAGUGAGCGUUUUUAGUUGAUAAUUCUACUUCUAAAUUUUUUUUAUUUUUAACUGAUUUUGUAAUUUAAAGCAAUGAAUUUCUGAUCAUGAUUUUCUCAUAGUUAUGCUAAGGAGUUGAUCUCAAAGGCACAAAAUAUGAAUUCUGCAAGAAGGCAAUUUUCUAUUGUAAGUUUGGAUGGGUUAGGAAAAGCCUCAACUUUUCACUCUCCUAAGUCCUUCAGUACAUUUUUCUUUCAUUUUAUUAUUUAUGCAAGUUAAAGUUUUUGGUAACAGGAAUUCUUGCAACUGUAAAAUAAAACUACAUAGAUGUAAGAAGUCAUGUAAACGGUUAAUGAACUUACCAAGGUUAGCAAAACUUUCAUUGUAAAUCAGUCUGUGCUCAGCAAAUGAAAAUCAUUCUUAGUUGUAUAAACACAAAUUCCAUUUUGACUUUCAGGAUGUCGCACUACUUCUGUACCUAGCAUUUUGAGUCCUUACAUUUGCAAUGUUACACAAACUGUACUACUUUCUUUUAUGUGCAGUUUGCAUGAGUAAACCAUCAGAGAAUAAAUUCUAUCUUUAAAUUA